GAUGAGUCAACAUAAGUAGAUUAGCCAAUCAGAACGUGGCGAGUAAGAGGACAAGGCUUGGCGAAAGUAAUAAACACACCCAGAAUCACAAGAGUUCAUUGCAUUAGAACAGUCCAAUGGAUUUCCUUGGGGAAAACAGAAUCUUGCUCAAACAUAUUUAGGACACAACACUAAUUGCAUGCAUUAACACUGUGUUUGUCCAGCAAUAGUCCCUCCUAUUUUGACUCCAACUCAACGGGAGGAACUGGAUCGGCUUCGGAGGACCAGAAAGGGGAGUUUGAGGAACAGUAGGAGACUGAAGCAAAGGAUCCAGGUGGCCAUGAGAACCGCCAGGCGGGCCAGCAACAUGGAGGUGCCCUCCUUCCUGCGGCAGCUGGUGAAGGAAACCGAGAAGAUGGUGACCUUCUUCUUCAAGGGUGGCCGACGGGAGCCGGGAGCUGAUGAUGAGUACUCUGAAAACGAAGAGGACGUGCAGGGCAGACCCUACCUAGAACGGCCCGUUUUGGAGAAAGAGACAGCAGAAGGCGGGUCGAAAUUGGGCAUUAACUACGCCAUGGCCAGUAUGCAGGGUUGGCGUGCCGAGAUGGAGGAUUCCCACGCCUGCAUGCCAGAGAUGACCGAUGCCUUGCCAGACUGGAGCUAUUUUGCCGUGUACGACGGACAUGCGGGGAGAACGGUGGCUCAGUACUGCUCCAAACACCUGCUGGAUUUUAUUCUCGACACAGGCUGUGUGAUGGUGGACGAGGAUACAGACCAGGUCAAAGAUGGCAUCAGAGUUGGCUUCCUUAACAUAGACCGUCACAUGCACACCCUGUCCCGCGAUGACAGCUGGGACCACAGUGGAUCCACAGCAGCUGCUGUCAUGAUCUCUCCACGAAACAUCUACUUCAUCAACUGCGGUGAUUCACGGACCUUCCUUUGCCGCGAUGGCCAGGUGGUCUUCUACACCGAGGACCACAAACCUAUCAACCCACGUGAGAGAGAGCGCAUCCAGAACGCCGGCGGCUCUGUCACCCUGCAGCGCAUCAACGGCUCGCUGGCCGUGUCCCGCGCCCUUGGUGACUUCAGCUUUAAGGAGGUGGAAUGGAGGACUCAGACCGAACAGCUGGUGUCUCCUGAACCAGAGGUGUACGAGCUGCAGCGGAGCCCAGGAGAUGAGUUCCUGGUGGUGGCUUGUGAUGGUGUCUGGGACGCCAUCGGGAAUGAGGAGCUGUGUGCAUUUGUGCGCAACCGUCUGCAGGUCUGUGAUGAUCUGAGGGAGAUCUGCUCACAGGUCAUUGACCUCUGCCUCUAUAAGGGAAGUUUGGACAACAUCAGCAUCAUCAUUAUUUGCUUUGACGGCGCCCCCAAGGUGACCCCAGAGGCACUGCAACAGGAGGCGGAGCUAGAGCGCGUCAUUGAGCAAAAAGUGGCGGAGAUCAUUAACUUGAUCAGAUCUAAAGACAAGGAACCUGACCUGCUCUAUGUGAUGAAAUUCCUGGCAUCUGAAAAUAUCCCCGGCCUCCCACCAAGUGGAGGAAUCUCAUCCAAGAAAGAUUGCAUAAUUGGUGCAUAUCAAAAAUAUGCAGCAGCUUUCAGAUCUCUUGAUCCGAUGGAUACUGAUGACUCCAUCUAGUGGCCAUUACGAUGGAGCUCAAGAAUCAAGCCUUGGCUCUCUGGAAUGUAAUAAUGUGAGGAGGACGUUUGUGUGCCACCUGUUUUACAGAGGUCAAAUUAUUUAGCCAAACUAUUCCUUUUUUUAAAUCAAUGUUGUGUAUUGUAAACAGAAAUGGGGGAAGAGGAAGGUUUAUCAAAUGCUUUCAUGAAAGUAAAGCAUUAAACACGGACAUCAUGUUAAGAUUUUAAUGGAAAAUAUAAGGAUUUUACUUUACUUAAAGGUGAAGUGCGUAAUGUACCACUAGUGCCACCAGAUGGAAAUGUUAGUUUUUUUGAUUAAAGAUU